GGAAGCACUACAGAAGGAGCAAGAGGAGAUUGCGCAAAGAGAGCGCGAGGCACGUCAAAAGCAGCAGGAGGAGGACGCGAAGAACCGGCGCGAGAUGAGUACUAAACUGCGCAAGUUCGCGUACGGACUGCCCAUCUACGACUUCCGUUCCCGAAUCUUAGACGCGCUGUCGAACCACGAUUUUCUCAUUGUCGUGGCAGAGACGGGUAGCGGUAAGACGACGCAGAUUCCACAGUUUCUGCUGGACAGUGGGCGCUUCGGUUCGCGCAUCGCGAUUACGCAGCCGCGGCGAG